AUGCCUGCAUUGAAAUAUUUGCAGAACACCAGAGAGACCGCACAUGCUAUUCGUAAGCUACCACUUACCAAGGCCAAGAGGUACUUAGAAGAUGUGCUUGCCCACAAGCAGGCUAUCCCAUUCACUCGUUUCUGUGGAGGCGUUGGGAGAACUGCUCAGGCAAAGAACAGACAUUCUAAUGGGCAGGGUCGUUGGCCCGUUAAAUCUGCCAAGUUUAUCCUGGAUUUACUCAAGAAUGCUGAAAGCAAUGCUGAGGUGAAAGGUUUGGAUGCGGAUGCACUCUAUAUUUCUCAUAUUCAGGUUAACCAGGCUCAGAAGCAAAGGCGCCGCACGUAUCGUGCUCAUGGACGAAUUAACCCUUACAUGUCCUCCCCCUGCCACAUUGAGUUGAUACUUUCUGAAAAGGAAGAGCCUGUCAAGAAAGAGCCUGAAUCACAGUUGGCAGCAAGCAACAAACCUAGGAAGGCUUGA